AUGGCCCUUAAUGAAAAAACUGGGGAAAUAUCAACAGCAAAAAGUCUAGAUUAUGAAGAAUGUUCAUUUUAUGAAAUGGAAAUACAAGCUGAAGAUGGUGGGGGAUUAAAAGGACGGACAAAAGUACUAAUUAGGGUGGAAGAUGUCAAUGACAAUAGACCAGAAGUGACCAUUACUUCUCUUUUUAGCCCGGUGAGGGAAGAUGCUCCUCAGGGCACAGUAAUCGUUCUUUUCAAUGCUCAUGACCGAGACUCUGGGAAGAAUGGUCAAAUUGUCUGUUCUAUCCAGGAGAAUCUAUCUUUUAAAUUAGAAAAUUUAGAAGAAGAUUAUUAUAGAUUGUCGACAGCUGAAAUUCUUGACCGAGAAAAAGCCUCUGAGUAUAACAUUACAGUGAUCGCAACAGACAGAGGAACCCCGCCCCUGUCCACGGAAAUUCACAUCACCCUGCAGGUGACCGACAUAAACGAUAAUCCACCUGCCUUCUCUCAAGCCUCCUACUCAGUCUACCUCCCUGAAAACAACCCCAGAGGUACCUCCAUCUUCUCAGUGACUGCCCAUGACCCUGAUAGCAACGAGAACUCGAGGGUUAUUUACACCUUGGCAGAGGACACCAUCCAAGGGUCUCCUCUCUCCUCCUAUGUCUCUAUUAAUUCAGACACUGGUGUGCUGUACUCACUACGUUCCUUUGACUAUGAGCAAUUUCAUGAUCUGCAAAUGCAGGUAAGAGCAAGUGACAGUGGGAACCCACCACUUAGCAGCAAUGUGUCAUUGAGACUGUUUGUACUGGACCAGAAUGACAAUGCCCCUGAGAUCCUGUACCCUGCUUUCCCCACCGACAGUUCCACUGGGGUGGAGCUGGCACCCCGCUCUGCAGAACCUGGCUACCUGGUGACCAAAGUGGUGGCAGUGGACAGAGACUCAGGCCAGAAUGCCUGGCUAUCCUAUCGCCUGCUCAAGGCCAGUGAGCCUGGUCUCUUCUCGGUGGGGCUGCACACUGGUGAGGUGCGCACAGCGCGGGCCCUGCUGGACCGAGACUCGCUCAAGCAGAGCCUCGUGGUGGCCGUCCAGGACCACGGCCAGCCCCCUCUCUCGGCCACCGUCACACUCACCGUGGCUGUGGCCAACAGCAUCCCAGACAUCCUUGUUGGCCUUGGCAGUCUUGAGAUCUCCGAGGAUCCAGAGGCCUCAGACCUCACAAUGUACCUUGUUGUGGCUGUUGCUGCGGUCUCCUGCAUCUUCCUGGCCUUCGUCAUCAUGCUACUGGCCCUCAGGCUGCGGCGCUGGCACUCCUCUCGCCUGCUGCGGGCUACAAGUGGUGGUUUGGCUGGUGUGCCCACCACAAACUUUGUGGGUGUGGACGGAGUGCGGGCUUUCCUACAGACCUAUUCCCAAGAAGUCGCUCUCACCUCCGACUUGCAGAAGAGUCAUGUGAUCUUCUCCCAGCCAAACUACGCAGACACGCUUAUCAGCCAGCAGAGCUGUGAGAAAAAUGAACCUUUGUGUGUUUCAGUUGAUUCCAAGUUUCCUGUUGAAGACACCCCUUUGGUUCCCGUGAGUUCUAUUUUUUUUCUUUAG